AUGAAGUGUCUCCUGUGCCUGUGUUUACUCCUUGCUGCUCUUUGUGCUGUAACCCAUUGCUGCCCUGAAGACAUUUGCCUUGAAGUCAACAAUACUAGUCUGCAGGAUGGAAGAGAAAAUUUAUUAACAUAUAGCUGUGAGAAGAAAGGCUCUAACUAUGGAGAUUUUGUAUUUAGAUUUUACAAGCAGGCUUCAUCAGAAGAUGAUAAAAAUGUUUUCUUUUCUCCCAUGAGCAUCUCUACUGCCUUUGCCAUGCUGGCUGUCGGUGCUAAAUCCACCACUCUGUCUCAGAUUUUUGAAGGACUGGGCUUUGACAACCUGACUGAGACUCGCAUACAUGAUGUACAUGAAAGUUUUCACAAAGUUCUGUCAGUACUGAACUGUGCUGAUGUUAAUAUCACAUUAAAUAUAGGGAAUGCCCUUUUUACAGCUGCUGGGUAUGAACUACAGGAGUCCUUUUUAAAAAAUACCAAAAAACUUUAUGAUGCAGAUUUUUUCUCCAGUGAUUUUAAUAAACUAGAAGAAGCUACAAAGCAAAUCAAUAAAUAUGUAGAGGAGAAAACCAAGGGGAAAAUUCCAGAUCUAGUUAGUCAUCUUGAUCCAAGUACUGUACUUGUUCUUAUUAACUAUAUUUACUUUAAAGCUGCCUGGGAAAAGUCUUUUGAUCCUUUGCGUACAUAUGAGGAUGAUUUUUUUGUGAACACAAAUGCAUCGGUUAGAGUGAACAUGAUGUACCGUGAUGGUACCUCAAACACUUACUACGACCGGGAUCUCUCCUGUGUGGUGAUAGAGUUGCCUUACAAGGGCACUGCACGAGCAUUGCUUAUUCUGCCUGAUGAUGGAAAGAUGAAGGAAGUGGAAGAUGCUCUCUCUAAGGAAACUGUUUGUAAAUGGGACAGCAAACUUGUGGCCAGGAGAGUAGAACUGCGGUUACCAAAGUUUUCUAUUAGUGGGUCUUACGAUGUUAAAACCCUGUUUGAGCAAAUGGGCAUUACUGAAGUGUUCUCAGGUAGUGCUGAUCUGUCUGGAAUUAGUGGCAAUCGCAAUCUCCAGGUCUCACAAGCAAUUCACAAGGCCUUGCUGGAAGUUGAUGAGGCUGGAACUGAAGCUGCAGGAGCCACUGCCAUAGUCGCUAACAGAGGUUACUUUGAUUCUCAUACCAUCAAAUUCAACAGGCCCUUCCUUAUUUUGAUCUCCGACAAGCUAACCAGCACCACACUUUUCAUGGGGAAAAUUGUUGAUCCUACUAAGGAGUAA